UGGCUGUGAGCUCAAGCUUCUCUGGCCGGGACUCAAAUCCUGCGAGGAAGAACGUGAGGAUCUCGACUCCCUCAACCUCUGUCACAGAUCCCCCUGGCGCGUGUCCACGCAUGGGAUCCGCUAUUUAAACGGGGAUUCGGCUGACAAACCCGUUACAAUCCAGAGAGACUCGAAUAAAAAGCGUGAAACGGGCUGACGCGCUCCAGGGUGAAACAUCCCGGUAACUCAGUUCAUGUUAUUGUCGUAAUGGAGUUGGUUCACAACGCCUCCGCGGUUUCAUCGCAGCAGACCAACAGAAUCCCUUUGCCCGGUGCAAGCGACAAUAAUGCGUACCUAUACAUCGUCAUCGUAGUGUCCUUCUACGGAGUCUUCCUCAUUGGGAUCAUGCUCGGUUACCUGCGCACCAAACGGCGCGAGAAGAGGCGCACGAACGCGUUUACACGGCUUCUGCACGAAGAGGAGCAGCGCGAGUGGGGCGCGAGCCAGAAGAAGCCCAGUUUCAGCUUGCCCGCAUUUCCCGCGCUGCGCUCCACGCCGGUUCCGUUCAUGCUGACUACCGGCCGCGCGCUGGAAGGCGGGAGGGUUCUCGCGCCACUGGCAUGCGCGCUGUGCUCGGUGGAGCAGAGCAGCGUGAGCUCCCUCAGCUCCGUCAACGAUGUGCGCUUCGCCAUCGAAGAGGAGUCGGACAGCGGCGGACACGAGGAGCCACAGAAAUCGGACCACAACAGAGACGGAUCGUCCGGGGAAAACCUCAAAGGAACACUCUGAGGUUAUCGCUGUAAAACGUUACUAUGGCAGCCACAGUUCCCGCCAAGAUGCAGUAAUAACCACAGUUCCCGCCAAGAUGCAGUAAUUACCACAGUUUAGGUUAUUACAAAUAAAACAGUUUGAAACUGGUUCUAGCCACCAUUGUAAUACAAAAAUAAAUUAAAUAACGUUA